CUCAUUACCAUUUCGCAAAGUGGUGAUUUCAAACGUUCGAUCGAAUAAGAAAUGAUGGGAAGAGGAGAACAAGGUCAGAUUCCGAAUCCCGCUGUGCGUCGUUUCAAUCGUUUCAAUCGAUUACUGUAAUGGGAGCAAUUUUGAUGUCUGCAUUACUCGUCGCAACCUUCCUUCUCCUCCUGGAUGUGAAUCAUGUUUUCGCAGUCAGAGCGCAGGUGUCACAUAUAUCUGCAGCACUUCAAAGAGAAAGAAAUAUGCAUACCCCGCUGUAUGACUGUCCACAUUGUAUUGACAAGCAGGAUCAGAGCAACACUAGUUCAACUAGUCGUCCAGAUGUAAAGGAUAUUGACAUAAUCGUGACAUACAGUGACCAUUCUGGUGCUGUUCAAGUUAGGAGUAUCAAGUCUGGUGAUCUAUCUGCUUCAUGGGUAUGGAAAAGCCCUGGUGAUGUGACCCAUGAUCUAACAAAGAAUUCACUGUCUCAGAUAGUACAUGACCCAAUUCCACCUAAAAUGAGCUCUAGAGACAUUGUUGAAGAUUCUAGCAAUGAUCAUCAAUCUGGAGUUGAAAUGCCUCAAACACAAGCAUCCCCCAUGCAUCCAGUGAAACUUAAGAGACAGAUGCUACGAAGGGAGAGGAGGGAGAGGCGAACUGCUGAUCUGAUCAAGCAAGAGAAAGAGAUUGAUAACCAGAUGCAAGAAGCAGCCAUUGAACGAGCUAGAGAGCUUGACACCACUGUUAGGGGUAAAUACAGUAUAUGGAGGAAAGAAUAUGAAAACCCCAACUCUGAUUCCACAGUAAAACUUAUGCGAGACCAGAUCAUAAUGGCAAAAGCUUAUGCAACAAUUGCCAAGGCUAAGAACGAGACUAUGCUGUAUAACUCUUUAAUUAAACAUUCUAGAGAAAGUCAACUUUCUAUACAAGAAGCAACAACUGAUGCUGAACUUCAUCCAAGUGCGCUUGAUCAAGCAAAAGCCAUGGGUCAUAUUCUUGCUACAGCAAAGGACCGUUUAUAUGAUUGUGUUACCAUAGCAAGAAAGUUGAGAGUCAUGCUUCAGUCAAGUGAGACUAAUGUAAAUUUGUCAAAAAAGAAGAGCUCGUUUUUGAAUCAGCUAGCGGCAAAAACUGUCCCCAGACCGCUGCAUUGCAUUCCCUUAGUUCUCACAACAGACUAUCACCUACGUAACUAUGAAGGGAAAGAUUUUCCUGGCAAAGAAAAACUUGAGGAUCCUUCUUUAUACCAUUAUGCAAUCUUUUCUGAUAAUGUACUUGCGACAUCAGUUGUGGUGAACUCAACAAUGUUACACGCAAAAGAGCUUGAUAGACAUGUUUUCCAUAUAGUCACAGAUAAGCUGAAUUUUGCAGCUAUGAAAAUGUGGUUUCUAGUCAAUGCUCCAGUUGGUGCGGCAAUUCAAGUCCAGAAUGUGGACGACUUUACUUGGCUGAAUUCAUCCUACUGUCCUGUCUUACGCCAGCUUGAAUCUUCACGCAUGAUAGAAUACUAUUUCAAGGCACAUCAGUCUUCAUCACUAACUGCUGGCUCUGACAAUCUGAAGUAUAGGAAUCCAAAAUAUUUGUCAAUGCUUAAUCAUCUUAGAUUUUACCUUCCUGAAGUGUACCCAAAGCUGGAUAAGGUAUUGUUUCUGGAUGAUGACAUUGUUGUUCAGAAGGAUCUGACACCUUUAUGGUCUGUCAACCUGCAAGGGAUGGUGAAUGGUGCUGUUGAAACCUGCAAGGAAAGCUUCCAUAGGUUUGACAAGUAUCUCAAUUUUUCUAAUCCAAAGAUAUCCGAGAAUUUUGAUCCAAAUGCAUGUGGCUGGGCAUUUGGCAUGAAUAUAUUCGACCUGAGAGAAUGGAGGAAACGUGACAUUACUGGAAUUUAUCAUCAUUGGCAAGAAAUGAACGAAGACAGGACUCUAUGGAAACUUGGGACACUGCCACCUGGCUUGAUUACUUUCUACAACUUGACCCAUCCUCUGGAGCGAAGCUGGCAUGUCUUGGGAUUGGGAUAUGAUCCUGCCCUCAACCAAACUGAAAUACAGAAUGCUGCCGUUGUCCAUUACAACGGGAAUUAUAAACCAUGGUUGGAUCUUGCCAUCGGAAAGUACAGAUCUUAUUGGUCCAGAUAUGUCAUGUUUGAUAAUUUCUAUUUACAACUUUGUAAUCUUAACGAAUAAUAAUAGAGAACUCAAUUUAUUUUUUUCUUUCUUCAAAAUUCACAAUUCACACACACGUUCUCUCUUUUACUGUUGUCGUAUCUAGACCGAAAGGAAAAAUUCAAGUCUUUGGCUAAGAAUUCUCAAA